UACAACCCGCCCGGCGGAGCUCUGAGGAAGACAGCGGAGGUUUUCCGGCUGGGAACCAAAAUGCUGGCCGUCCUGCCGGCGCUGCUGCUGCUGCUGCUGCUCAGCUCCAGGCCGGCCUGCGGCGUCUUCCAGAAGCUUUACUGCAGCUUCUCAGACAGCUGCGACUGCGACUUCAAGCCCAGCAUCAGAGACUUGGAGUGGGACCUGUACAAGAACGUCUUCGGUCAGCACCUGGCCCAGGACCUGGUCUCAGAAGAAGUUUCCAGCUUUCUCCUCAAUAAGAACCCGGAUCGGCCCCUGGUUCUGUCCUUCCAUGGCUCCUCUGGGACCGGGAAGACGCUGGUCAGCACCAUGCUGGGGAACCACCUGUACGGCUCGGCCAUGAGCAGCCCCUUCGUCCACCAGUUCGUCCCCACGCUCCACUUCCCCUCAGCCGAGCUCGUCGCUCAGUACCGGGAGGAGCUGAAGAGCUGGGUGAAGGGAAACCUGACGGCCUGCGCGCGCUCCGUCUUCAUUUUUGAUGAGAUGGAGAAGAUGCCUGCAGGCCUGAUCGACGUCCUGGAGCCGUUCCUGGGUCCGUCCCACGUUGUGUUUCGCACCAACUACAGGAAGGCCAUCUACGUCUUCAUAAGCACCGCAGGACAGGAGGCGAUACACCGGCUGGUUCUGGAGAACCGGCUGGCUGGACGGGACAGAGACGAGAUCAAACCGUCUGACCUGCAGGAAGUCGUCCAGCAGUCGGUUUACAGCAACAAAACCAGUGGACUCUACCUGUCCAGCAUCAUCCAGCAGAAUCUCAUCACUCGCUUCGUCCCCUUCCUGCCGCUGACCCGGACCCACGUGGAGCGCUGCGUCCGCGCGCAGCUCUGCCAGCGCGGCAGCUGUAACCGCGACGACGUGGUGGAGGCGGUGGGGGGAGACAUGACCUAUGACCCCGCAGAGGGACACUACUUCUCCACCACGGGAUGCAAGACGGUCGCUGGAAAGAUCAGCUUCUUCCUGUGAGCCGCAGCCAGACGGUUCUGGUUCCACUGGGACGAAAACGCCUCCGAUCCGCUUUCAGGACGCAGGAUUUGAACCGACGACCCGAUGCUCAUGGGCAACCGGAGGGAAAAGCUCUUUGAAGGCAGAAGGCAGCAGGAGGAAACAAACGGCAGCAGCAGAGUUUGGCGGCUGCUGCCUCUUCAUGGUCUGAACCAGGAAUCCUUUCUACCACGGCGAUUUGGGGCGGUUAGACAGACACAGGAGCAAAACUCAGCCAAAAAAAAGUUUACAGAUUAAUCUAAUUUCAAAGCUCCAAAAGUCAAAAAUUCACUCCAAAAAAAUAAUCUGAAAUUUGAACAUUAAUCUCAAAUUUUCUACAGAAAAUCUGGAAAUUUGUCACUUUGAAAAGUGAGAAAUUUGUUGGAAAAAAUGUUUAGAUUAAACUCUGAAAUUUUCUAGAGAAAAACUGAAGUCAAAUAUUUGCCCAAAAAACAUCUGAAAUUUUGAGAUCUUAGAGAUUAUAAAAAACUUGUACAUUUCUUAGUUUCAAAAGUCAAACAUUUUUACUUUUGGAGCUUAGAAUUUUCUGUGUUUUUUCUAGAAAAUGUUUAAAAUUAAUGUCAAAAUUUCUGAAUCUUUUGGCAGAAAUUUACUCUUAUUUUUUUAAUAUGCCACCGUAUUUCUACCGUGGACCAAACCUUAGACGACUUUUAAAACCUACAGCUUUUCAAAAAGCUGCAGCUGCUUCAUUGACUUGUUUUAUUUUAUUUAAAUUAUUUUUGCUCUCCGUCUGUCAGCCUUCAGGCGACUUCAGACGCCUCACAGGGUUCAGUGAAGAUUUUUGAUUUCUUUGGUCCUUUUAGGGAUGCAGAGGAACAAAGACUCUGACUUUAUUUUAUAAGUUAUUAUUUUAUGGAAAGGGAUCAGAGAUUUGAAUGAAAAUGUUUUAAUUUCAAGAUGUUUGAACCAUAAGACGGUUUUUGAUAUUUUCACUGAUGUGAAGUGAAAUAUUGUUUGAAGAUGGAGGGAAACUAAUGAGCUGAAUAAAUCCAGAUGAAGGAAUGCCAAAGCUGACAAAAUGAGACGGAGGAUUAGGGACGUCAUAGAU